GCCGCGGCGUCUGGUCGGCCGGGGCGAGGCCCGGCGGAGCGGGGAGCGGAGGCUGAGCCGGGGCCGGAGGCUCGCCUCGGGGCCGGAGGCCGGGAGGCUGCGGAGCGCAGGCAGCAGAGGCGGGGAGGAGGAGGAGGAGGAGGAGGAGGAGGAGGGCAGCGCCAUGACUCAUUUGCAGGCAGGUCUCUCCCCCGAGACCCUGGAGAAAGCCCGGCUGGAGCUGAACGAGAACCCCGACACCUUGCACCAGGACAUCCAGGAGGUGCGGGACAUGGUCAUCACCCGGCCGGACAUCGGCUUCCUCCGCACCGACGAUGCCUUCAUCCUGCGGUUCCUGCGGGCCAGGAAGUUUCAGCACUUCGAGGCGUUUCGCCUCCUGGCCCAGUACUUUGAAUAUCGCCAGCAGAACCUGGACAUGUUCAAGAGCUUCAAGGCCACAGACCCGGGCAUCAAGCAGGCGCUGAAGGACGGCUUCCCCGGCGGGCUGGCCAACCUGGACCACUACGGCAGGAAGAUCCUCGUCCUUUUUGCUGCCAACUGGGACCAGAGCAGGUACACACUGGUGGAUAUUUUGCGUGCCAUACUUCUUUCUUUAGAAGCCAUGAUAGAAGACCCCGAGCUGCAAGUGAAUGGGUUUGUUUUGAUUAUAGACUGGAGCAACUUCACCUUCAAGCAGGCCUCCAAGCUCACACCAAGCAUGCUUAGAUUAGCCAUAGAAGGCCUUCAGGACAGUUUUCCAGCUCGUUUUGGAGGAAUACAUUUUGUCAAUCAACCGUGGUAUAUCCAUGCCCUCUACACAGUUAUACGGCCCUUUUUAAAGGAGAAGACACGAAAAAGGAUAUUCCUGCAUGGUAAUAACCUCAACAGUCUACAUCAGCUAAUACAUCCUGAGAUCCUGCCUUCAGAGUUUGGAGGAAUGUUGCCCCCCUAUGAUAUGGGGACGUGGGCAAGAACACUGCUAGACCAUGAAUAUGAUGAUGACAGUGAAUGCAAUGUGGACUCCUUCAAUGCUCCCCCAAAAGAUAUAGAAAAGGAUCUCUCUCCCAAGUCCAUGAAAAGGUCUCAAUCGGUGGUGGAUCCUGGGGUGCUAAAACGCAUGGAUAAGAAUGAGGAAGAAAACAUGCAGCCUUUGCUUUCCCUUGACUAACAGUUCCUGAGCAUCGGGCAUGAACUGAGGUGGAAGGCAUUGCCUCUCAGCAACAAGCAAACCAUCAGGAAGGAGUGUACCAGCUGGAAUCCUAUUUACUCACAUUAAUGUAGCAUAAUGGAAAUGGGCAGAAAGCUUUACUAUUCUGCCUGAAUUCUGGAUGCCCUGGGGUGAAAAAGAGGAGAAGAAAUAAGGAAAGUAAAAUAAAAAAAAUGAAAUAAAAUAAUUUAAAAAAUGAAUCAAUAAUUUAUUCUGUAAGUGCCAACUUGUUUGUAAAUACGAUAUAAUCCUCCACUUUGACUUUGUAAGUUAUGGUAAGCAAAUGCUAUGGAAAUAAAUGACUAUUAAUUAUAUCAUUGAAGUGCACCAUACAAAAGAGAAGAAAAUGUGUGCACACAUGCGUGUACACAAAUAGAGACACAUACUGGACAAGGAAAAAUAUCAAAGCCAAUUAAAUGUUAUCCUUCUUGUAGGAAGCCAUACUGCAGCUAACAUAUUGACUGCUGUUUUGUUCUCUCUCUGCAAUGCUCAUGUAGUGUGCAAAGAUAAAGAGGGAAUAUAAGAACUUGGAGAUGCUGUAACCAGUCGAGUAUUUCCUCAAUGUAGGAAUUUAUUUCCAACUAACAUUGUGGCUUAGGAUUGUGAUUUAACAUAAACCAUGUAGCAUUGUGAAAAAGAUAACAGAUGAGCUGGAACCAACUCUUUGACAGCUUUGUUGUUUGGCUAUAUGAGUCUGUGAGGUUUUUUUCCUUAACUAUUUUGUUUACAGUUUGCAAGUAACUUGGCUUGUUACCCUAAUCUAGGUGUUAUAAUAUGGGCCAUAAUGGAGUUACUUCUCUUGCAUUUUGGAUGCAUGUCAAGAAUUUUUCCAGAACUCUGUUCUCCCUUGGAAUGAGAAAGUACAGUGUAAGAACCAGUAUCUGAAAGUAAAGCUUGACAGCAGAGGUUAAAGUUAAUCACUGAAUCCUGUGCACUGGGAGACUUGGAUACAUAUAUAUAUAUAUUUUUACCAAUCUCUGACAAACUUAUAAGGUUACAUUGUUAGACAAGUAUGUUUCACUGAAGGUUUAUACAGGAAAUCAUACCUAUUCAAUGUACUUAGAUAUGCUAUAGAUUGUAUAUUGAGAUGAUGUCAUGAAUAAUAUAAUACAACUUUCCAUAGAGCAAUGGCAUUCCACUCCAAACAAUAUGAAUAAGUUGUAGUCAAACAUCUCAGCCUAUGUUUCUGGGGCACUUUUGUUUUGGUUAUAGUGUAAAUGUAUAUAUUGAACAUGUGCCAUAAUAGAAAAAUACAUCUUACCUCAAAAAGGCAACAGGUUUUGCUAGGAAUUAAGUCAGCUGAAAUGCAGAGGCUGUGUCACCUUUUUUGUGUGCUGAUGUGUAUGCAAUCUAUUGUAUACUGAGACAAGAAUACAUCCAUUAAAUAGCCAUGCAUUUCUUAUUAGGACUUAGCUUUGCAAUCAGAAUGAGAAGGCACAGGAUACUCACCAAAACAUCUGAAUAAUUAGAGAUAUUGCAACAGCAUAAUCUGGACAAUGCAGGGACUAGUUGAGAAUACUCUCAACAGCUGACCACAAUGGAGGAAAUAGCUAAUAGCUACCCUGCCUCUGAAACUCUGUGAUUUAAACAGUUUCUUCCAUUACUUCAGUGAUCAUUGAAGUUUCAAAGUUGCUGGUUGUAGGUCACUUUUCCUUCCCGGGGUGAUUGCAGAUGUAAGAAUAAGUAGGCCGUAAAGAGUUAAGAGAGUGCAGAGAGUGAAAUCUUGGAAAUGUGUCAUCCCAGAAUUUAGAUGUAACUCCUAUGGUGGCAACUUUGGUGUUCCUCAGUGCUGAGACAAGCCAAUCUCUUCCAGCAUUAACCUUGAUUAGCUCAGGCAGCAUGCAGAUAAAGCUCUUGUCCUUGAAACAUUGCUAAGUAGAGUAUGCCCCAACAUGCAAUCAUAUUACAGAAUCUUGUCUAACUAGUCAUCACCUUUCCACUCUCUUAUUUCUGUUUUCAUGAUACAAGUUAUGAAAUGCAAAGGGAAAAGAUAUGUAGCCUGAACUUGAGAAGUGUUUGUCAGAGGCAAUUCCAGAAAGUGUACAUGGGAACUGUAGGUGCCUACAUCUUUGCAGUUCAUCCUACAAGUUUUCAGUAGUAAAAACUUUUGUAUUAGUACUUCUGUGCUUUGAGGGGCUUGAAAGACCAAUGAUUUCUUAACAGCAAUUUUAUUCAGUUCUGUCUUUCAUGAAUCUUGUAACAUCAUGCUGUAUAGGUAAGCUAUAUCUCUAGGGUUUAUGUAAGUGCCAUAGUUGAACGCAUGUUAUACAUACCCAUGUUUAUGGCUAGUAGAAUUGUGUAUUGCCAUAGAUCUGAUUCUUAAAUCCUUGUCAGAUAAAACUGUAACAUCAAUAGAAAUUUUCUCCUUUAAGGGCUUCAAGAUUUAGUGUUCCACAUUUAUGCAAACUGUGCCAGUGGUGAUCAAAAUCUUCAUGGAUGCUUUUGUAUACAUGAGCCAAACCUUGGUGUAUGCCAGCACAAUGCUGAUUGCAGAGUACACCAGCUGUCUGGUCAGAAAAUGCAAAUGCCUCUUAAAUCCUUACAGAGUAUCUUUGUAGGAAAAUAUAUCUGCUCAAUUGUAUGAAGCUUCUGCACACCAACUGAUAAAUUUGUUUUGUUUAUGAAUCCUUUAUUUAUGCACUUAGCUGUAAUUUAUGUAAUGUUUUCUGGUGCCUGAGUUCAGCUUGCGGUUAAUGAGUAUUAAUAUAUUAUUUUCAGAUAGCGAAAGUAGGAUAUACUAGAAAUUUGCUUAAUUGGGUCCUUAUCUUUCACCAAGAACGAAAGUACUUUUUCAGUAAGAUCCUCACUGUUAAAGAGUUGGGAUACAGGUCUUCUUGGCUGCAGUUUUCAUUUCACUGAAACAAAUUUUUGCAGUGGUAACUGCAGUUGUGAUAUUGGAUAAGAAUCUGAAAAUGGGUAAGAAAAAUAAUUAUCCUUCACAUGCUCUCAGUAUUCUUUGAAGGCAUUUCUCUUUUACUCAUUAGAGUACAUAAAGGGUUUCCUCCUUUCCCUUGCUUCUUGUAGAAAAUCGUUAUAGGUAGGUCAAUUUUUAAUAGCUGAAAUUUGGACUGAAAACUUUUUCCAAUCUUUAUUACUGUAGGAGUUGAUGUUGAAUUUUAUAGCAGAAUUGAAUUGCUAAAAAUAGAAUUCAGAUGCUUGGGAGGGUCAUUUUUAUUUCUUACCUUCAAUGUAUAUUGGGUAGAAUAAAUCAUGUUGUGCUUAUGCAUGCUGAUAUGCAUAUCAAAAGAAAAAAUAAAUCCUGCAAUAUGAGGAACUUAGUGGAAAGACUUGAUAUACCUGUCCAAGCAGCCAAGUAAAAUAAAUAAAUAAAUAAGCAAACAAAUAAAUAAAUAAAGUAGAAGAAAAGUGUAAAAUAAUUUUAUGCCUUUGGCAAGAUCCCAAAAUGUUCCCCUAAACAGUAUCUCUUCCAUGAAAGACUUGGAUGGAAAUAUAUGGAGAAGUUAUGGAAACUUUCAUGCUCAAAGACUUGAUCUUGUAAUUGCAGAUGUACAACUCUGUUGGCUUUAUAAAGACAGGUAAUCAGUCCCCCUAAGCUCCAAUAAACGUGCAGGAUCCCAAUAGUUAUUAAAUGUAAAAUAGCUUUAAGAUGUCUUUACAGAAAUGUAAAUUUAUUGUAUAGCAUAUUUAAAAAUAUGUUUUGCACUCUGCAAACAUACUAUGCCUAGACACAAAGAAUAUUUACAGAGGUGUACAUAAGGAAAACACAGAAUUAAAGAAAACAGAAGUAGAAGGGACCUCAAGGAGUCAGCUGCAUUGAUGUGUGGAAGAGCAGUUUAGCUUCAGUUAUGUCUCUCUUAAGAAAUUGUUUUUAUUCAGUACGUUGCAUAGGAUGUUCUUUGUAUCAUUUAAACAAAUCACAGCAAAGCCUAAGCACAAUACCUGAUAAGAUUGUAAAUUGAGAGUAUUUUGUUAAUGUCUUUUAUGAUUUACCUGCUCUCUUUGGGAAAUUAAAAAGUUUGCCAAGUGUAAUAAUUCUACCAUUUAGAAUUAUCUGGGAAACAUUUUGCAAUAAGCUCUGGUCAUGUCCCUGUUAUACUUUUUGUGUUAUUAUCAAUGUAAGUAAUUGUCCAGAUUUUUGAAAAAGUCAUGUUUGGAAGAGCAUGCAAGAGAGAAAAUUCAAAAUAAGGCUUCAGAAUUUUGUUUAGAAUAUUAAAAUAUUCUUUGAGGCUGGGGGAGCUGAGUUUGUUUUUGAUAAUCUUUAUUUGCCUCUGGGGAAAGUACUUUUGAACUAUCAACAACAUUGGGUACUGGGACAAAUAUUAAGAUGAAUAUCAGUGAAAAAAAAAAAAAGGAAAAAGGUCUCAAAGGAUUGCACCAAAAAAUCACACAGCUGUGUAAUGUCAUUUUAGUAAAAGGCAUUUUGUGAGUAGCUUUAGAGCACGGACUUGUGGUGCUGAGAAUAGUACUUUCAUCCACAAAGUUCAAAGCACACUAAGAAAUCAAGAAAAUAAUAGUUAUCCCAUUUCUCAGGUAGCAAAAUAGAAACACAGCCACUUAGAUAUAUUCAAAUCUCAAUAGAAGACAUUUGUGUUAAGUUUAUGUACAGCAAAAGUGACACUUUGAUCACUCAGACUGGUUUGAACUGAAAGAGAGAAAAUAUUUUGUAUGAAAACAAUGUCUGGCUGUUGAUUCAGUCAUGACUAGUUUCCUUAGAAAAGCCCUAAAUAUUUUAGCUUGAGCCCCUUACAAAAUAGAGAUGGUCUGCUUGAGCUAUAUCUGAAUGUACGUGCCUUUUGCUGAGGAAUUGAUAAAAAGGGUAUGUCCCCAACAUGCAAUGCCUUUGUUCUCCAUGUAAGUAAUGGAAAAAAAAAAUAAAUUCUGAAGACCUGAUCCCGAAGACUUUACAUCCAGGCUGCCUGACAGAGAACUCUGAACUUGGCAAGGGACGAUCUCCUCUUAAGGGCCUUGAACAAUAUUUAUGUCCUAUUAAUUAUACAGGGAACAUUGGCAUUUAAAGGCAUCUUGAAGUGACCUCAAAUGAAAGUGCAAGCUAGGUAGGUAGGACCCCACAUCCUGUAUUGCCUUGUAACCUUCAAUGAUGCUGUGUCAAGGGUCUGUAUUUAGCAUAUUAACUUGGACAUAUCCUUUAGUCUGUAUUUCAACUUUCAGUUGUGUGGGAAUUUUUUCAUAUCAGAUUUUGAGAUCUUGAUUUGUUUCCUUCAUACAGGUCUGUAUCUGCAAAAAAAAUGACAUUGACCCCUGUUGGAAUGCACAACUUGCAAUAUGAUUUUGCUGUUAAAAAUAACAACUUGUGGUAUGCUGGGCAUUGGUGCAGUUGAGACAUAGGUCACAAGACCCCACUACUUUGUCAUUCAUUCUCCAGUGUUUUGUGUGUAUAUACUGUUUUGAUUGAUAGCAGAUAUAUCAAACUCAUAUGAUAUGAGUUUUUUUUAAAAAAAAAAAAAAACUUUCAGUUUUUUGCAGUGAGUUCAAAAUCUGAGUUGGUGGUAUUGCUGUGGAAUUCAACUGGAAAGGAAACACUGUGUAUAAUCAAAACAGAGACUGGUACAAGGGAAGAUGUUGAUGCUUCCUUAUGGCACACUGUUUAUGUUAAAACAUGGCCAAAGUAUUUGUCAGUAUUUGACUGACUCUGGUCAGUCAGCUCUUUUGUUUCAGAAUCAGUCACACACAACAAAUCCUCUCUAAUAAAGGUGUUGCAAAGCUUC